AUGGAUUACCUGUUUGGGAUUUUAGUGCUGCUGUGUGGGGCGGUGCAGCCGGGAAGAGGUGAUGAGCCCAAGCACAACGUACCCAGGCUAAAGCUGUCAUACAAGGAGAUGUUAGAGACCAGUAACCUCGUCACCUUUAAUGGCUUGGCCAACAGCUCGAGCUACGAUGCUUUCCUAUUGGAUGAGGAGCGAGGGAGACUACUGGUCGGAGCCGAGGACCACAUCUUCUCAUUCGACCUCGUCAACAUUAACAGAGACCACAAACAGAUUGCGUGGCCUGCCACCCCCUCUAAGAGGGAUGAAUGCAAGUGGGCAGGGAAAGACCUCGGGAAAGAGUGUUCUAACUUCAUCCGGGUCCUCCAGCCCUACAACCAGACCCACAUGUACAUCUGUGGCACAGGAGCCUUCCACCCCAUCUGUUCUUUUCUAGAAAUGGGCAAAAGAGCAGAGGACAACAUCUUUCGACUGGCCUCGCAUUUCGAGAACGGCCGCGGGAAAAGCCCCUACGACCCCAAAAUGCUCUCGGCCUCGCUUCUGAUCGAUGGAGAGCUGUACUCUGGCACAUCUGCCGAUUUCAUGGGAAGGGACUUUGCUAUUUUCCGUACCCUGGGAGAUCAUCAUCCAAUCAGAACAGAGCAGCAUGAUUCAAGAUGGCUUAAUGACCCCAGGUUCAUAAGUGUUCACUUGAUCCCGGAAAGUGACAACCCCGAAGACGACAAGAUCUUCCUGUUUUUCAAAGAGAACGCCAUGGACGGAGAGCACACUGGCAAGGCUACCAUCGCCAGGAUAGGACAACUGUGUAAGAAUGACAUGGGAGGUCACAGGAGUCUGGUGAACAAGUGGACCACUUUUCUCAAGGCCCGGCUAAUGUGUUCAGUGCCCGGGGUCAACGGCAUUGAUACACACUUUGAUGAGCUACAGGACGUGUUCCUCAUGAGCUCCAAGGACCCGAAAAAUCCACUUAUCUACGCUGUAUUCACCACAUCCAGUAACAUCUUUAAAGGCUCAGCAGUGUGCAUGUACAACAUGGCAGACAUCAGGAGGGUUUUCCUUGGCCCCUACGCCCACAGAGAUGGACCCAACUACCAGUGGGUGCCUUUCCAAGGGAGGGUGCCCUACCCGCGUCCUGGAACUUGCCCCAGCAAGACAUUUGGAGGAUUCGACUCCACAAAAGACCUCCCUGAUGAUGUCAUCACCUUCGCCAGGGGUCACCCAGCCAUGUACAACCCAGUGCACCCGAUAGGCGGGCGUCCCAUCAUGGUGCGGACAGACGUGGACUACCAGUUCUCCCAGCUGGUGGUGGACAGAGUGGAGGCAGAGGACGGACAGUAUGACGUCAUGUUCAUCGGGACAGACAUGGGCACGGUACUGAAGGUGGUGACAAUCCCCAGAGAGAGCUGGCAUGACCUGGAAGAGGUGGUGCUUGAAGAGAUGACUGUCUUCCGGGAGCCUACUCCCAUCACUGCUAUGGAGCUGUCCACAAAGCAGCAACAGCUGUACCUUGGCUCGGGCCUGGGUGUAUCACAGAUGUCUUUACACCGUUGCGAGGUGUAUGGGAAAGCUUGCGCUGAGUGCUGCCUGGCCAGAGACCCUUAUUGCGCCUGGGACGGCAGCGAGUGCUCGAGAUACUUUCCUACCGCCAAGAGGCGAACCAGGCGACAGGACAUCAGAAACGGAGACCCUCUCUCCCAGUGCUCAGAUCUUCAGCAUCAUGACGACACGGAUGGCUUAGGAGGCAGCGUGGAGGACAGGAGUGUGUAUGGCGUGGAGAACAGCAGUAUGUUCCUGGAGUGCAGCCCCAAGUCUCAGAGAGCGCUCAUUUACUGGCAGCUGCAGAAGCCCAACGACGACCGCAAGCUCGAGAUCAAGCGAGAUGACAGGGUGCUCCGUACAGACCAGGGCCUGCUCAUACGCAGUCUGGCUCAGUCUGACACAGGUAUCUACCACUGCCAAGCUGUCGAACACGGCUUUAUCCAGCCCCUACUGCGCCUCAACCUCCAGGUCAUCCCCGCCCAGAGACUGGGUGAUAUCUUACCUGGACUUUCCAGUGCGGGAGGUGGGGUAGGUCACUCUCCCAAGCACAGGCUGUGGUAUCGAGACUUCCUGUCUCUCUUAGACCACCCAGACCUCAACAGCGUGGAGGAGUUUUGCGAUCGAGUUUGGAAGAAAGAACGAAAACAGAAGAGGGUGAAGACGCCCAAUGGCAACAGUCAGGGUAAACCCGACAGCACCGGUGGUUCUAACCCUGCAUUACGACCUAAAGCUUUGACUCCCAAUGCUCAGAAGCAGCAAGCCAGUCCACCACAGAGCAGGCCAUGGCCCCAGGCUGGAGCUCCAACAGUGGAAGGGCCAGCACGGAGCCAGACUACCCAGAAAGGUCAACCAAAUCUGGGUACGUUGACUGGCCAGGCACCUAAGAACAAUCAGAAGACGCAGAACGUCCAGAAGGGGCAGGGCAGCCUGGCUGGUUCUCAGGCCGCGGGGGGGUCUCGGGCGAGCAGCCAGCCCGCAGCCAAAUGGAGACGGAUGCAGGAAAACAAGAAGGGACGCAACAGGAGGACCCAUGAGCUUCAAAGACCCCCACGUAGCGUUUGAGGAAAAAGCACAGAGAUGCACACAUGCAGCCAGAUCUACACACACAAGCACAAACCGAUGCAUCCACACAUAAAAACACAAACACAUUCUAUAGAUUGUGUUUCCAAUGUAUGAUUCAGUGACCUCGCCAUAACAACAGCAGAACAAAGACCCAUACAAAACAGCAGCGCACACUUUUAGGUAGAAAUACAUGAGCUGCACUUGUGUAACACCAUAAAGCUCUCAUUCAAAGACACAUACACAAAUGCACAUAACCUGUGAAGAGGACAAAGAUGAACAGAGGACUGUAAAACUGGAAUGCAUACUGUAAAUGUGUGAGGAUAUGGCUGGUUGCCUGGGAUACUGCCUGGCAGACACUUCAACCUCCUGUACAUAAGCUACUAAAAUAGGACUGGGACAGAAAUGUUUAUUGAGGUGUUUGUUGGUAAGCAGGUGGACUUAAAAUGCUGAGAGGACAGUUGUGGAGACAUUAAUAGAUACACAGACAUUUGUGGAAGCAGAAAGAAUGCAUCCACUGCAAUCUGCUGCCCUCUUUGACCUGAGCAUGUGAACUGCAAGAUAGUGUACAUGGAAUGGAUUAAAAACGCUUAUUUUGAAGAACUGUUUGAGGAGACAAGAACCUUCAACCCAGUCUUUCGAGUGAAGACAGACAACAGCACUCUUAAAGGAGGAAAGGGCAGGGUUGCACCAGUGGCCCUCAUGUUGUUCAAAAACAAAUAGAAGCAUUAUUACAUGCAAAAACUGCAAAGUCAUACCAUGGUGCAAAGAAAUUGCUUCGUCAUAACCUUCUCCACCUGAGGCUGGGAAAGCAUUGUGCAUGUUGUUGUCAAUCAAUGUUUUAAUAAGCUAGUUAUUUUAUGGAAUUCUAAAGGCUUUUUUUUUCUUUUUCUUUUUUUACACCCUACCU